CGUCACACGCGGAGGGAUAGAUAGCUGUGAGGGAGCGCUGUGUGCAGGCAGAGAACUACCAGUACAAUACGUUGCGGACAGAAAGUGGAGGGCGAAAAAUAACUCAAGAACCAACAGCUCGCCGUACGCCAAUGUUCAAAAAUAUACAGUUUCGAUAGAGGCCGAAGGUUCGAGAAUCAGACGCAGAAGAUUUGAGCUUUGGUCAUCUGAAAAAGGAGAAUAUAAAGAUGUCGUCUCCAAGUCCGGGCAAAAGACGAAUGGACACAGACGUGGUGAAACUCAUCGAGAGUAAACAUGAAGUCACAAUCUUGAGUGGACUCAAUGAAUUUGUAGUCAAGUUUUAUGGACCACAAGGAACACCGUAUGAAGGGGGUGUAUGGAAGGUGCGAGUAGAUCUUCCUGACAAAUACCCCUUCAAAUCUCCAUCUAUAGGAUUUAUGAAUAAGAUUUUUCAUCCGAACAUCGAUGAAGCGUCAGGGACCGUGUGUUUAGAUGUGAUCAACCAGACAUGGACCGCUCUUUAUGAUCUCACCAAUAUCUUCGAGUCGUUUUUGCCACAAUUGCUGGCUUACCCGAACCCCAUCGACCCUCUGAACGGGGACGCGGCGGCCAUGUACCUGCACCGGCCGGAGGACUACAAACAGAAAAUCAAAGAAUACAUCCAGAAAUAUGCAACAGAGGAGGCCCUGAAGGAGCAGGAGGAGGGAGCAGGCGACUCCUCAUCAGAAAGCUCCAUGUCUGAUUUUUCAGAGGACGAAGCUCAGGACAUGGAGUUGUAGUUAGGGGCGAGCGUUUCUCCCCUUUACCACAGAGACUAUAUGAUUUCCUAACCAUGCGAAGCAGACUAUAAAGAUUCAUAUUUAAACAAGGUGAUUUUUUUUAUCGUUAUUAUUAUUACUAAACCAGGAUUUUUAUGGAUAUCUAGCGUUGACGAUGAAUACGGCACCCUCUCUAGGUGUUCUGUCUCUACUUUCUGGUGGUUGUUUUUUUUCUCGACCUCUCUUUCGCUCUCUCACUCGCUAUCUCCGUCACCCCACCGAAAGAAAGGCUUGUAGUGUAUCCCCCACGUCGAUAGCCACGUAGCCGGAAUGCAUGUCAUCGCCCCCCCGAAUCCACCUUUUCCUGGCUGACCGGAUUAUAAAACAGAGGCUGUGUUUUAAGCGGGGGUGCCCAAACUUUUUCUCCCUUGUGAUGUCACUAAUGUAUCGGAGACGCCUGCUGGUUCUGUCCGUGACGCUGUGAUGUGUAACCCCCUCGGCUUAGGCGACGGUCUUCGGGUGGAGUUGUUGCUGUGGGAUUGGACGCAUUUUGCAAGACACGCCUUUUGUUUCUUCGUUUGUACCUUCCCAGUGCAAGUCACUUGUUUUUUGUUUGUUUUUGUUUGUUUUGCAGCUGUCUGUGUGUGUUUAUUUUUUUUAAAUGAUGAUAAAAAUGUUAGCCGAAGGAAAAUGACAUUCAUUUUGUUGAUUCUAGUUCAUUUCUCUUUAUUGAUAUUUUAUUUCGGGUCUCACCUUGGGGAAACAUCUGAUGUUUUGUUAUGCUGUACAGUACGAUGAUAAUCUGGAUUUUACGAAACGCACCUUUCGCUCGCCCAUGGAUGGAUGUUACAUUGUAAGAAAAGAUUUGUUGGUUUAACUUAAAUAAGUUACCUGAUUGCUUUAGUUUUUAGUUAAAAAAACGAAUAUUUUUAACUAUUAAGAAUUAAUAACAUUUUAAGGCAACCGGGGGUAACUUACUUUUUUAGGUUAAACCAACUUUUUAUUAUUUACAGUGAAUGGCAGGGUAGAUGACGCCGUAAAUGUUUUUGCGAACGAAAAAGAGGCUGUGAGCAUUACAUGUACAAUUUUUUUAUGGGUUUUAACUUUUAUUAUUUUUGAAAGACAUAUUGUUAAUGCUUUUAAUAGCAAUGACAAAAAACUAUUACUAUGGUUCAACUUAAAGAAGUACCGAGCCCCUAAGGUGACAUUGUAGUAAAAAAAUCGAAAGUUUAGUUUCAUGUGCUCACGUGAAACUUUCGCGUGCUCACGUGAAACCUUCAUGUGCAGAAUUUUUUUAAAAGUUUAGUUUGUGUGCGCAUGUGAAACUUUCACGUGCGCAUGCGAUAGUGUCACGUGCGAUAGUUUCACGUGCGUGCGCAAUAGUUUCACCUGCGUGCGCAAAACUAAACGCGAUAGUUUCACAUGCGCGCUGAAAAUAAACUUUGUUUAAUUUUUCUUCCAUGUCCCCUUAGGGGCUCCGUAAAAAAGUAAAUUACCUGGUUGCCUUAAAAUUAUGAGUUAUUUUAACUAAAAAAAAUACAAUUGUGUCCAACUAUUGAAACUUUUAUGUGCUCACGUGAAACAAAUCAUUGCAGAAUUUUAUAAAAAAGUUUAGUUUCGCGUGCGCACAUGAAACUAAUGCAUGCGCACAUGAAACUAUCGCGUGCGCACGUGAAACUUCCGCUUUCACGUGCGCACGCGAUAGUUUUACGUGCGUGAAACUAAACAUGAUAGUUUCAGGUGCGCAUGCCAAACUAAAUUUUAUUUAAUUUUUUCUCCAUGUCCCCUUAGGGGCUCCGUAAAAAAGUAAGUUACCUGGUUGCCUUAAAAUUAUGAGUUAUUUUAACUUAAAAAAAUACAAUUGUGUCCAACUAUUGAAACUUUUAUGUGCUCACGCAAAACAAAUCAUUGCAGAAUUUUAUUAAAAAGUAGUUUUGCGUGUGCACAUGAAACUAUCGCGUGCGCACGUGAAACUUUCGUUACUUUCGUACGUGAUAGUUUCAGGUGCGCAUGCCAAACUAAAUUUUAUUUAGGGGCUUCGUAAAAAGUUACCUGGUUGCCUUAAAAUUAUUUAUUUUAACUUAAAAAAAUUGUGUCCAACUAAUAUUUUUGAGUUGAAUUAACUCAAAAUUUUAAGGCAACCAGGUAACCUCCCUUUUUAAGUUGAACCAACAAAUCUUUUUUACAGUGUAAUUAAAUACAAGCAUGAAAAUUUAGCCUGACGUGAUCAACCUGUCUCUCGCAGCUGAGUUUUCAUUUGUGAAUAUUUAUAUGCCAUCUACCCUGACUAAUGGGAUCAAUCCCACAAUCCCACUCCAGUGUGACUACUGAGGGAAAAUAUCCUCACAACUCCCUUUAAAAUCUCUCGAGUGUCUUUUAAAGACAGCUGACAUGCAGAGAUUUAGCAUCAACAUUUAGCUCUUACUGCGGAAGCCCUACGACACAAACCAUGGCUGGAUUUGAAGACUCUUUCCGCAAUGAUCUCAAAAUGUCCAGGAAGUGAAACAAAGAAGAGUCUUUAUUUUCAAGACAGUACAGUCUGUUCCUCUGUCCAUCUUUCAUUUUGUAAUAACAACGAGUGUUUGUCAUUUUACGUUUACUGUCUCGCACCCUUUUUGACUCACUGUGUGGUUUGACGCGGAAGUGGAGUAGUGGUGUAGAAAAGUUGCUAACAUUUGUACAAAUCAUCUUUCCUAUCGCUUGUGCAUAACUAUGAUAGCUGUCCUCAUGUAGAUCUAGUUAGUUUACUGGGUGGUGAAGUUGAAAUUAAUGUUUAGGUUUAUGUAACUCGCUUGAUGAUUAGGUUUGGUAAGAUCUGAUCUGCCUCCAUCAAUUAAGACUUACAAGAGUUUGGGGUUUAGAUAACAUUUACUAAUACGGAGGGGAGACGGUGUGGACAUUUCUGUAUAAAAAGCUUUGAAUUUCAAAGCACCUGCAGAUGUCAUCACUUUGAUUUAGUACAUUUGUAUUUUUUCAGUAUUCUCACUUGCAGAUUUUUUCAUUGUCCGGACAAAAAAAAAAAGCUUACAAAGAUGACAGACCUCGGUGGAAUAGCAUAAAGGGUGGGUUUUCGCAAUUCGGCUUGUGUGGUUGUUACUAAGCUGCCAAUAUUUAUCUUCUGGAGUGACUUUUUCAUUCUGCUGUUUUUCUUUUUUAUGAAAUCAAUGUCGAAUGGGCGAAACUGAAAAGCCUGUGUCAAGAAUUGGCCGAAUAGUGCAAUGAAGAAAGUUUCAAAUAUUUCCCUGAUUUUUUUUUUUUUACAAGGACACCAAAUUUCUCACCUGCAGUAUUGUGUUUAAGUGAGAGGAGGCGUGAAAUAUCUUUUUUUUUUUUUAAUAUAGAUGGCUUUGUUUCACAUGCAACACUGCCUUUUUACCCUCGUCUCUCAGAUGCAUAAAAAGCGCAUCUCGGCUGUCUUUUUCCAUGAAUAGAAACACACAAAGUGUGUGUGUUUGUCAUAUACAGAAAGACAUCAAACUCCGCCUCUCUUUAUUUCAUUUCCGCUUCAUUAUUGCUCCCUGGAUUUAAAGGUUUAAUACGAGAGGACAAUUAGUUUGAAUAAUUGUUUCUUUGUUUUUAAUGUAAGAGUAAAAUUGAUUUGAAGAAUCUCGAAUAAACGUAUAAGUGUGCUUCCAUAAGUUUAAUUUCAAAACGAUAUUGAGUUUAUUAUACUAAUUUCUGGAUUCCUUUUUUCCCAUGUCAAUAAAACAGAAGGCACCCAUCUGAAGCAGGUAAUAUGUGCGCUAUGUUGAUAUCUGGGGGCGCUCUUUUUUUUAUUAAGGUGGUUUAGCAGUUGGGGUGGAUUAAAUAUUUAAUAAUUACAGUGUGUCCUUUGUGUUUUGCACCCGUAAGCCCACAGUGCUUAUAUACGCACACAAACAUCUACAUGCAUUUAGUUAUUGAUGUCAAGGUCGGUUUGUUUAAGAGAGGGAUGAGAGAAGAGUUUUGUCUUCCGGCUUCUUGGCCAAUGGCAUCGCGUCUCCUCUUGCAUUUGUGUUGACCCAUCGGUGUUGACCAGCUCUCCAGUGCACUUUUGCAUGCGUCCGGUGUAGAGAUCAGUCUAGUUAAGUCCACUCGUUUAGUUUUAUACCUGUACUUCAAGAGGGUGCUCGGACAUGGGGCUCGUGUGGGCACACAGCAUGGAUUUUUUUUAGUAUCUGUAUCUAGUACCUAGUGUGUGAUACGCUGAUAAAAAAUACAACAUGCAUAUUUUUUAAUCCCAGGUAUUAUGGUAAUUUGCCCCUUUUAUUUCCUUAUCCAUUAAUCUCUUUCUUUUUGCCAUUUCGUUUUUCUUUUGCAUUGUGACGUGGGCAUGCCUGUCACAAAGGACAAAUGCUCUUUAUCUAUAGGAUUAUAAUCUCUUAAAUAGCUGUGUACAGUAAACUGUAAUAACUUCUUUUUUAAUAAAAUAUUAAAUGUGUACAAA